GAUAACAACAACACCACCACGAACGCCAAAGUUGCUACCACGUUAACAUUGGCAGUUCUAUUUACUAUUCGAAUCGCACUGGAUCUUCGACCAGCACUUGAUUUGUUAACAACCCGACGCCGACACCUGCUUCAGUCAGUAUCUACAGCGGACCGACGGAGCCUUGUAUAAUCCUGAAGUCAGCCUCACUUCCUGAGCACUGUUAUCCACCUACUCAACUCAACUCACUAAGCGGAGCACGAAUUCGAGUGGCAUUGUACUGCACUACCGGCGCCGCCCACAAUCUUGCGAGGGAACAAACCGCAAGCAUCACUUUAUCUCACGACAUCAACUCUCAGCCAGUCGACUUUCGCGGUCGUGUCGCGAACAGCCGUCACGAUUUAUAGCGCCACAGACUUAACACACGCUCGACAAUUCGAGCGAAAAACGCCGACGACCAUGCCCUGUAUGUUACAGGACGUCCUUAAGGUCGACCCCGAAGCCAUCCACGGCCUCGACACAGGUGACGUGGAGAACUUGGUCAAAUUUUGGACAGUAUUCACAAGGUGUGGAGACUCGGUUGCCAAGGGCAGGAGGUUAGAAAACAUUGCCUGGAGAGUUUGGAACCACCAGACCUUCUGCGCCGGAGCCGAAGCUACUACUGCAUCAUUCCCGACUGGUUCCCUUCCAAGGGAGAUCGAGAGGAAGAUCCAACAGUCUUCCGAAGACAUGCCACAACUAUCUGCUAGCGUCGACUCUAUUGCAGAUGAGGAGGCCGUCGACUGCACAGCAGCCUCACCAACUGACAGCGACCGUCCUAGGAUAUGCAGACAGGACUCCUGCUCCAGCAGCAGGAGCCGAUGCAACAUUUCUUCCGAUGAGUUCGAGAAGAUGGUUACCUCGAUCAUCCAGACCAAGGACGACUUGACUCUACCCUCACCUUUACCCUCACCAGUCAUGUCAUCAUCGAAGCCCGUAGAGAAGCAGGUCGAAGAGGCUUCAACAGAGAAGCCUCGGCCCGCCACCCUGGCCAUCGGGCGUACCGGGUCCACAAGCGAUUCGGAUGCCUACAGGGCCUCACCCACACAGUCUGUCGGUUCGUCUCAGCAGUCAUCACCUGUCACUCGAGACUCGCCACCAUCACACCCCGUCAUCCGAGGCUUCUCAACAUCUCACAUCCCCAUGUUCCACAAUGUCACCAGCCAACCAAGGCCAGCACCUAUCGACACAAUCCCCGAGCCGACUUCAUCUCCCCAAGCCAAACUUGUGCAAUCCAAGAAGCCCCAGGCUAAGUUUGCUCUGGGCGGCUCUUCUUCCUGUGACGAUUCUCACAGCGAACGUGGACACAGCCCUGAUCUUCCCCGUCAGCCGGUGCCCCAGAUCAAGAGGAAGAUGUUCCAGGUUGGCGGCUCUUCGGAGGAGGGCGAAUCACUCAAGAGCGCCAUGCACUCCGCCAGGUCAGGUCUCCUGUCACCUCAGAAGAAGCAAGCCUCUUUCAGCAGACAAGUCGUGACUAGGACUUUCCCUCCGGUCAUGAUGGAUCAUGAAUACUCGGACGUGGACGAGAGUGCGAUCGACGAUGAUGAUGAUGACUCAGAAUGGGAGGACUCCAACGAAGAGAGCGGCAAAUCGAGCAUGGAUGACAAGACUCUAUUCAAGCGAGUGGAUUCCAAGGUCAACUUGACCUCGAGACGCUCACUUAUCACCUUGAUGCUUGAACGCAAUGACCGGCAAUCAAAACUUGGCAACGGAGCUUCUCAGUCCGCAUCCGCCAUUCACCAAGGUCGGAUGCCUCGGCAGGGACCCUCCUUUGUCGCCUCACCCAACGACUCAGACGACAGCCCAUUGAUGAUGAAGCGGGGAUCCCGCGCCGCGCAACUAAAGCCCAUCAACGAGAUCCCACGAUCAGCUGCGCAGCCGAUUGUCGCCCCUAUCCAUGUCAACAACCAACAAGCUGCCCUCUCACCACGUACUACCAGGCGUAAUAUGCUUUCGACCGAGCUCACAGAAUCUCUUCGUCGCGACCUCGUCUGGGAACGCUCCCAGAAGUCUUCCACCGUAAAUGCUGUGCUCAAGCGGAGACACACUUCGCACAACGUUGCAAACCUCAAGCAGUAUCCCGAGCGAGCUGUUGUCAAGAAAGAAAACGACGGCAACGCUAGCAGCUGGGAUCAAUACUUUGCCCGCGAGGCUUUUGGCGGCUACCAUGUCAAGGGCUGGUAAUUCAAAACAACUACCGGCGCCACCACCAUCAAAACACAUAAUCAUAGCAGCAUUUGCACAUCAUAAACCCGGGCAUGCAAAACACUGGGAAUUUUUUUUUGGAACAGAUUACCGUCUGUCUUGUAAUAACAACAUGACACGAAGCAUUCAUACUUGCACAAAGCGACACGCUCUGAAUCGCAUCAGCCAUCGGCGUUUUUAUGUUUUUGCUUUAUUUUGCUGUGGAAUCAGCAGCGCCUCCAGCGAUAGUGGCUUUUCGGCCCGAUCGCUGGUGGGCAGGCAACCCAAAAUCAUUGGUUUUGGGAUGAGGGGUUCACAUCGAUUUCCCCCAACAAGCGGGCUGUUACACAGGUACAACAAUGCUGGCAACACUGCCCAACAAAAGGAGUGGGAACACCUCCAUUUUUUUCACAUUAUACUAAUCAUGCCUCUCAACGAGCAAUGCACGGAAUGGCGCUGUCGUUUGAUUUAAUUUUUUCUUUCUCUUCAUUACCUUUUAUGAUACCAGGCUCCACGUUAUGUUCUUGUCCGUCAGCCACAAUGUUAUACCUUUUUUUUUUCUUGUUUCUUCGGGGGUUUGUCCUGUAUAAUACCAUUCCCACACAGACGUCGAGUCGUGACGGUACGUGAAAGGUGUUUGGCAGAAACGGGGAACGUCACCGCGUUUCGUGUUGGGGUGGAAAGGCAGUUAGUUGGCGGUAGUCAAAAAAGGCCGGGAUUAAUCACCUGCCAUGGUCGUGGAGGCCUGCUUUCAAUAAAAACGCAGCAAGUCUCAACUACACA